AUGAUUGUCGGUAUAGACAAUGGCAGCAAAGAAUUGUCGGUGUUGACAAUGGAAGCUGAAGAUGUGUGUUUUCUCAAGGGGGAAUGGUGUAUUAUUCCCAACAAGGAGUUUGCCGAUUUUUCCUGCACCGGCACUGUGGCUGACAUGUCCAAGGAGCUUAGGGACGUCUUUGACCUCUACGAUCUUGACAAGAAUGGUCUCAUAUCUGUCAUGGAGCUUCAUACCGUACUCAAGCACCUCGGCAAGAAGUGCUCCCUUUCUGACCGCCGCUGCAUGAUCAAGAAUGUUGAUUCUGAUGGCGACGGCAACAUCAACUUCGAGGAGUUCAAGAAGAUGAUGGCUCGCUCCUGA